GGCUGUGCUCCGUGUAGCACGUUUCUCCCUCUCCCCUCCUUUCUCCUUCCCUCUAGCCUCCAGUGUCUGUCUCCGGGAUUUCUCUCUUCCUAUUUCAGGAGGACUCUCACAGGCUCCCUCAGCCUGUGUGAAGCUGAGGUUUCCCCUGGAUCCAGUAUAUCCCCAACACAUACCUCCACGCACACGCGUCCCCAAGAACCCCGCGCUCGGCCCGGCACACACGCGCGCACACACACACUCGCGCUCGCCUGUCCGCCUCCUCCCUCCCCGGGAGAGCCGGCGCGCGUUCCCACCUUCGCUGCACCCUCGGGCGAGCCGAGCUCGCAGCGCUCUAGGAUUCUGCGGCUCUGAAGUCGGAUCGCAGCUCUGAACCCCAUGGUGGUUUUUUAAACAUUCCUCUGCCUUCUCUCUCUCUCGUUUUGACUGCACCGUUUUCGAUCUGGGGGGCUAGAGGAGCAAAGCGGCUGUUUGCCCAGCCAGCUCUGGUUGGCUUGCCAUCCUCCAUCGGGCUUAUAAAAGUUUGCUGAGCGCAGUCCAGAGGGCUGCGCGGCUCGUCCCCUCGGCCGGCGGAAGGGGGUGACGCUGGGCAGCGGCGAGGAGCGCGCCGCUGGCUCUGGCGGGCUUUCGGCUCGAGGGGCAAGGUGAAGAGCGCACGGGCCCUGGGGUUUACCGAGCUGGAUUUGCACGUCGCACCAUGCCUUCCUGGAUCGGGGCUGUGAUUCUUCCCCUCUCCGGGCUGCUGCUGUCCCUCCCGGCCAGGGCGGAGGUGAAGGCUCGGAGCUGCGGCGAGGUCCGCCAGGCGUACGGUGCCAAGGGAUUCAGCCUGGCGGACAUCCCCUACCAGGAGAUCGCAGGGGAACACUUAAGAAUCUGCCCUCAAGAAUAUACAUGCUGCACCACGGAAAUGGAAGACAAGUUAAGCCAGCAGAGCAAACUCGAGUUCGAGAACCUCGUGGAAGAGACGAGCCAUUUUGUGCGCACCACUUUUGUGUCCAGGCACAAGAAAUUUGACGAAUUUUUCCGAGAGCUCCUGGAGAAUGCAGAAAAGUCACUAAAUGAUAUGUUUGUACGGACCUACGGAAUGCUGUACAUGCAGAAUUCAGAAGUGUUCCAGGACCUUUUCACAGAGCUGAAAAGAUACUACACCGGGGGCAAUGUAAAUCUGGAGGAGAUGCUCAAUGACUUCUGGGCUCGGCUCCUGGAACGGAUGUUUCAGCUGAUAAACCCACAGUAUCACUUCAGCGAGGACUACCUGGAAUGUGUGAGCAAAUACACAGACCAGCUGAAGCCUUUUGGAGAUGUACCCCGGAAAUUGAAAAUUCAGGUCACCCGUGCCUUCAUUGCUGCCCGGACGUUUGUCCAGGGGCUAACUGUGGGCAGAGAAGUGGCAAACCGAGUUUCCAAGGUCAGCCCCACCCCGGGCUGCAUCCGAGCUCUCAUGAAGAUGCUGUACUGCCCAUACUGCCGGGGACUUGUCACUGUGAGGCCCUGCAACAACUAUUGCCUGAACGUCAUGAAGGGCUGCCUGGCCAAUCAGGCUGAUCUGGACACUGAAUGGAAUCUGUUUAUAGAUGCAAUGCUCUUGGUGGCAGAGCGACUGGAAGGACCAUUCAACAUUGAGUCUGUCAUGGACCCAAUAGAUGUCAAGAUCUCUGAAGCCAUUAUGAACAUGCAAGAAAACAGCAUGCAGGUGUCUGCAAAGGUCUUUCAGGGAUGUGGCCAACCCAAACCUGCUCCAGCCCUCAGAUCUGCUCGCUCGGCUCCUGAAAAUUUUAAUACAAGGUUCAGACCUUACAAUCCCGAGGAGAGGCCAACGACUGCUGCAGGCACAAGCUUGGACCGGCUGGUCACAGACAUAAAAGAGAAACUGAAGCUCUCUAAAAAGGUCUGGUCGGCGUUGCCCUACACCAUCUGCAAAGAUGAGAGCAUGACGGCGGGCACGUCCAACGAAGAGGAGUGCUGGAAUGGACACAGCAAAGCCAGAUACUUGCCUGAGAUCAUGAAUGAUGGGCUGACCAACCAGAUUAACAACCCUGAGGUAGACGUGGACAUCACACGGCCCGACACGUUCAUCAGGCAGCAGAUCAUGGCCCUACGCGUGAUGACCAACAAACUAAAGAACGCAUACAAUGGCAACGAUGUCAACUUCCAGGACACGAGCGAUGAAUCCAGUGGCUCUGGGAGUGGCAGCGGGUGCAUGGACGACGUGUGUCCCACGGAAUUUGAGUUUGUCACCACCGAGGCCCCCGCCGUGGACCCCGACCGGAGAGAAGUAGACUCUUCCGCAGCCCAGCUCGGCCACUCCCUGCUCUCAGGGUCUCUCGUCUGCAUGGUCCUGGCACUGCAAAGACUGUGCAGAUAAUCCUGGGUUUUUGGUCAAAUGAAACUGCAUUUUAGCUAUUUGAACGGCCAACUCCCUUCUUUUCUUACACUCUUGGACAAUGGACCAUGCCACACAACUUAACCGUUUUCGAUGAGAAGAGAGCAGGACUGCACUCUGCCUCCCUUUCUGUUUGCCCAAAGAGUACCGGGUGCCAGACUGGACUGCUUCCUCUUUCCUUCAGCUAUCUGUGGGGACCUUGUUUAUUCUAGAGAAUUCUUACUCAAAUCUUUCGUACCAGGAGAUUUUCUUACCUUCAUUUGCUUUUAUGCUGCAGAAGUAAAGGAAUCUCACGUUGUGAGGUUUUUUUUUUCCCGUUUAAAAAAAAAAAAAGUCAGGAAGAAAAUAAUUUUCCUCGUAAAAUCAGGCCAAACCCCAAGACAACUGCAUUUUCAACAAAGGAGCAAACAAGAGAGAAAAAUAAAAGAGCGUUACCAUUGUGAGGUCGGCAUUGCCAGCCGACUCCCAGUGUAAGCUUUUCUGUGAUAAAUCAGGUUUGCAAAAUGCUUUGGGAGAGAAAGUUUGAAUUUUUUUUAAUGUGGUGAAAAUACAGUGUUGUCUUGGAGGUACCGUCUUGCACUCUGUCCACAGAAUACCAAACUGAUUUGGGGGUACUGAUACUAAAUUUAGAAUUCCAUCUUUAAUACGAGAGCAAAAUUGCCACGACUCAGCACCUCUCUCCCACCUUGCCCGAUUUCAAUUUCAGUGAUGGCACCAUUUUCCUUAAUUCUCUUGAUGUCUGCCCGCUGUAUCCAAUUGGCACAGAUUUUUCUCUUCAUCUCCAGUGACUAGUGGAGGCUCCCACCAAUUCAUCCUCCCCAAGGGUCUCAAUUGAAAAUAAUCUUCAAUGAAACAAGAGCUUUGCUUUAGCCACAGGUUUGACAUUAAUUCAAUGUUUCUGCCCCUGGGCUCAUUACGCUCCCAAAGUAAGAGUUCUUUUCAUGAACUUACAAGCAAUUAGAUCCAAUUGUGAGUGAGUUUUCGUUUUUUAACUAUUUGCUUUGUGGCAAUUGGUUUCUUCAUCACAAGGGCAUUCUCUUACAAAAUAACUCACAACAACAAAAAAAGUCAAGACAAAAAAAUAUAUAUAUAGUAUUGACAUGGAGAUUUCUUUCACUUUUUUAGUCUUAGUAUGAUCAUCUAUUUUUAUAUCUCUCUAUAUAUAAAUCACAGAUUUUAACUUCUUAAUUCCAAGCUCAGGGUUGACACACCUUUGUAACGAAAAUGUUUUGUCAACCAGCUCUUCUUGUUCUGUGCUGCUCAGAGAAGGGAUUCCUCAGCGGUCUGUGAGCACCAAGAAUCAAGCAAGAGAACUUUUUACGUCUCUAACUGUCCGUUUAUUAAAAGUUUGCCAGGGCACAUCCUUUUUGCAUGAGCGUGCUUUGUCCUGGGUGCUGCAGACGGUACCGAGCUCAUGGGGAGAGCCAUGGGUGUGCAGGACUGUACUGGUGAUGGGAACCGUAUCCAUAAGGAAUGUGGUAUACACACAAAACCAUCGCUUUCAUGUACGCCUUCAGCCUAGGAUUCUGCUUGGCACUUGGACAUACGACCUAACUCAAGAGGCCACUGUAGAGCCACAAGCCUAACUGACCCACCAAGUGUACCAAAGCCAGGCCCUAUGCUCCCCAUGUUAGAGAGAAGCGAAAUAAACCAAACUGGGGCUUUGUUAAUACGGUCGGCUAUCCACGUGUUUCUUGGUUUUUAUGAUGAUCUGGGGUUGGGAAAAGUAAUGCUUCAAGACACCAUCGUCUGCCAGUCACAUUUUAUUUAACCCAUUGACAGAAACGGCACGUAAAUGGUAUCUUUCGAUCUUCGCUCUCAUCAAAAUUAUAAUUAGUUAUUGAUUUAGUCAUCACAUUUAAGUAGAACACAUGCGGCACAAUAGUAUUAAGUAUAUUUGAGCACUUUUGCAAAACUGAAAAGUACUUAGAAGCAUCUAUUGCUAUUUUAUGCCUAAUGAAAUAUGAAAAGUAGGAUUCUGAGAGACUUUGUGGCAUCUUUUCAUUUAAAUCUUAUGAAAUUAACACCUAAUCUAAUUCAGCAUUGCGCACGUCUAGAAAACCAUCCAUUUCACUGCCAAACUUCAGCUUCCUAUCACCAAUUACACAGAAAACAUCUCUAUGAAGGACCGAUCAUUCAAGUUGCUCAUUCCAUCGUAUGUUCAGAAAUCAGUAUUGUCUUUCUCCAAUAAUUAAGGUGCAAUACAAAUUAAAUCAAUCUUGAUUUUCCAGAAUAUAUGAGUAAUAACUUGUUUUUAUGGCUUUAAACUCCAGGUCUUUCCUUUUUAAAAUAUUUCUGCAUCGUCUUCUACGAAAUAGAUCAGAAUGCCUUGUUUGCUUUGCGCUUUCACCCCCGAAAGGUUUUGUGCAUGUGUAUGAAUGCACAUUAUAGUAAUGAAUGUGAACCCAUGUUCCGUACACAUGAAACACACAGAUAAUAUAUAAACGCCUGCUCCAAUUGUUUCAACACCUUCAUAUCGAUAGUAUCCAUAUUGGUGAGAUAUAGUGAUCCAUAAGAGCCAGGCAGAGAGCUGAAAUGACUAUCAGUUAAUGAUGCCACAACAUCAGUCACUUGCAUGGAUGUGGUCGAGAUAUUCUUCAAAUUGUACUUCCUAGUUUUUAUCAUCAUCCAACUAUGUUGUAUGAUUUUUUCAGACUAAUUUAACCUGAGGCUUUUUCUGUCCUAAGGGAACUGGUUUAAUCCGGUUAUCCCAUUUCAGUAAGUAUUUUGACAUUCCUCCUCGCCCUCCCCACCUCCUCCGCCAAAUUAAUUUCUCUCAUCUCACUAUAGUGAUAGGGGAUGAAAUAAUGCUCCGUGAUUUCUCCCGAUCUGCCCUCAUUUACUUUGAUGUCUCCUAAAUUCUGUAAUCACAUCACAACCUCUGUUAUGAGUAGGGAGGGAUGGGCUCACUGAAAUCAGACACUAGAAAUUGUUGGGUGAGGCUCAUAACCGCGAACACUUAGCUUAUUGAAGUGCCUCUAUUUACAUGUUCUUUAGUUAUAAUAUGUAUUUUUCUAACAGAAAUACACGUCUGUAAUUGGUGUAUAUUAUACUUUGUAUAUGUUAUAACAAAAGCUAAACAGAGGCUAAAGUCUUUAGCAGAGAAGAAUGAAUUGCAAAUUCACCAAGUAGAGCUCUGCCUAGGGUUCUGUAUUGAAGGACAGCCGUGACAGCCUUCUGUCACUUUCGUGGAGAUCAUGUCAGUACUUUGAUUAGAGCCAUCAUAGAACGACGUCAGCGCUGGCAAUCGGAUUCCCUUACGGUGGUUUACCCGGAUAAGUAGCUGGUAUUACCCGCUUUACUUGUAAGGGGCAAUAUUAACAAAGUAGUAUUUUCGUCUACACUGAAAAACACUAUUAAGUAGUCAUUAUAAAAGCAACCUUCUAUAAAUCAAACACAUUGAAAAUAUUGUUGGACACAGAGCCCUGAUAUUUAAUUUAUAUUCCCUGCUGCAGACAUUAGCCUACUUUAUUCUUUAGCCAUUACAUACAUGUUUUGGCUACACACUGAACACCAACUAAAGUCCCCAAGGAGGAAUAAAAACUUAGCAAAUUCCUGAGUUGUGAUUCUUUUAUUGCUUCUCUUUGCAAGGCUAAUUUUCAGGUGGUUUGAUUAAAGGUGGAAGUGUUAGCAAAUGUAAGUUUUGACUCACCCAAAACUUGCAGAAAUACAAACUCAUUUUUAAUUACCUACAGUCACGAAUAGACCUGACUUUCAACUUAAAAGUGGGUGGGGGUGGGGUGCAGUUUAGCUUUGCCAAGAGAAGAGUAAAGGAGACCAUAACCUAUACAUUUGCAACGUGUUUCUCCUUGGCGGAGACAUUAGCCAGUGUUUAGUUUCAGGCCAAGUUAUACAAGUAGAGUAUUGAUUUGUAUGCAUUCUGGAGCCUUGCUACAUCACGGUUUGCUACGGCACGGGACUCAGCCUAGCCUGGGGCCAUUUGAACCUCAUUCAGAGUUGAAUAGUUUCUGGAAUCUUUGACAUCGUCUUGUAAUGAGGUACUUUCAUGAGAAGACACCUGAAGGUGCGUAACAGUGAGGUCUCUGUGUGCAUAUGCAUAAUAUAUAUGCAGGACAAAUGUGUGCACCAAUCAAACCUAAAAUUUUAUGUGACUGUCAAAUGAAUAUUACUUGGGUUAAGAUUUUUCAUUUCUGAUUUGGAUAGAAAAUUGCUAUUAAUCUUGUAUUAAAAUAGUUUUUAAAAAUCUA